UCCCCUUUUUAUUUUUUUUUUCUCCUGACACUGCAGCAGUUGUACGCGGCUCAGCUGGCGGCCAUGCAGGUCUCCCCCGGGGCCAAGCAGCACGGCCUGGCGUCCCAAGCCAACCUGGGCACGCACUCCCCGCCCACCAACGCACACGCGCAGAGCGACAAGGGCCGCAGCUCCCCGCAGCUAAACAAGACCAAGGACAGUGAGGGUGCACAGCCACUGAACCUGUCGGCCAAGCCUAAGGCAUCCGAGAGCAAGUCACCCAACUCCCCCCCAACUUCCCCACAGGUCCAUGCUGCCGCUGCCGCUGCCGCCAAGCUGGGCCCCGCCGGCUCCAUGAAGCACAGUGUCGCCCCCUCCAGCAUCGGAGGACCUCCGGCCAGAGUCAGCUCAAUAGCAGACUUGCUGUCGUCGCUGUCUUCGGGAGCCUACCUGAAUGACCACGAGGCCGUGACCAAGGCCUUUGCCGAGGCCCGCCAGAUGAAGGAGCAGCUCAAGCGGGAGCAGCAGGUGCUCGACGCCAAGGUGGCGGCCGUCAGCAGCCUCGGACUUAACAACGGACGCUCCGAUAAGGACAAGGCGGCCUUGGAGAGUCUGAGCCAACAGCUGAAGCAGCAGGCCGAGGACAAGUUCAGCCACGCCAUGCUGGACUUCACCAUGAGCGGCGACUCUGACGGCUCCCCGAGUGUGUCCGACUCUCGGAUAUUCCGCGAGGCCCGGGGUCGCGGCAGCAGCGAGCCUCACAUCAAGCGGCCCAUGAACGCGUUCAUGGUGUGGGCAAAGGACGAGCGGGAUGAUCCGGCAAACCCCGAACCGUCCUCUUUCCAAGGCUCGCGCUGGAAAGCCAUGACCAACCUGGAGAAGCAGCCGUACUACGAGGAGCAGGCGCGCCUCAGCAAGCAGCAUCUGGAGAAAUACCCGGAUUACAAGUACAAGCCGCGGCCCAAGCGCACGUGCCUGGUGGACGGCAAGAAGCUGCGCAUUGGCGAGUACAAGGCCAUCAUGCGCUCCCGGCGACAGGAAAUGAGGCAGUACUUCAGUGUGGGGCAGCAGAGUCAACUGCCCCUGUCGUCGGCGGGCGUGGUCUACCCAGGCGCCCUCUCCAUGGCAGGCAUGCCAUCGCCCCAGAUGCCCUCGGAGCACUCGAGCAUGUCGAGCAGCCCCGAGCCCAACGCCAACCACCACCAGCACCACCUCCACUCCUCGUCGCACCUGGGCGGCCUGAAGGGCGACGAGCCUCGCGUCAAGGAGGAGGAGCUGCGGCUGGACGACAGCAACGGCGACGUCUACGACGACUUUGACUACGAGGACGAGGAGGCCGACUACGCCAGCGACAGUGAGAAUCACAUCGCCCAAUAGGAGGAGCCCUGUCAAAAAAUAAAUAAAUCGCCCUUUUGACAUCCUUACGUCCUCCCCCCCGUGGACUCUUCGCAGAGCCCAAAGCCCCUCCCAUUUAAAAGUCCCGAUACCAGCAUCUGACCAAUCAGCUGAAGCGAAGGACUGUCACCCACACUGACUGUUACACAAUCUGGGAGGAAGACAAAGCCAGCCAGCCCGACACUUUGAAGAACGUCACUCCGGCGGGGGGGCGGGAGAGAAGAAAAAAAAAAAAAAGCGACCUUUUAAACAGUUUGUACACGAGAAAAGUCGCAAAACAGCGGACCUGUCACGGGCCAAAACAGAUGACACUUUAAAGACGGCGGACCUUUUUAAAGCGAGACAAAAAAAAAAAAAAAA